GGUGCUUGGUUUUGGAGACUUUUAUACAGUCCAAUAUUUAUACAUCUCUGAUUUUGUCGUAGAUAUUUGUUACAUCAAUGCUAUUACGAUUAUGUUUUGCUUACUAUAGUCACCUUGCUCAAGGAAACCCUGCAAAAAUAACGGCAGCUGCAUCCCAAAUGACGGAGAGGAUCAAUAUCAUUGUGACUGUGUGCCGGGUUAUACAGGUUUUCAUUGCACGAGAGAGUGCCAGGCUCCUUUGGGAAUGGAAAACUUUAGAAUAACGCCGACACAGAUAUCAGCGUCUUCUCAAUAUAGUGUAAAUCAUGCCCCAAACGUAGGAAGACUACACUACAAAGAUAAAGUCGGCGCAUGGGCAGUAGCAAUGAAUAACCUGAAUCAGUGGAUUCAAAUCGAUUUUGGAAUUGAGACAACUGUCACUUAUGUGGCAACCCAAGGAAGACAUAAUUCCGCGCAAUGGGUGACCCAGUACAAGUUACAGUAUAGCAACGAUGGAAAUGCAUUUCAGGUUUUUAAACAGCGAGGAGAGAACACAGAUAAGGUGUUUAUUGGAAGCAGUGAUUCUGACACCGUGGUAAAACAUCACUUAACUCCACCAAUCAAAGCACGAUACAUCAGACUGAUACCCACGGCAUGGAAUAACCACAUCUCCAUGAGGAUGGAGCUCUACGGUUGUCUUGAAAUGUAGACUCUUGCUCAAUGGGACUAUCUUGCUAAUCCGUUCUCAGUGAAGUGCUGCCCAAUCAUUGGUAAACUUACAAAAGACUGUGUAAGAUAAUGGCUACUUAUAUUAAUCAACGGUGUAACACAUUAAAACGAACGAAAUUUUAGUUAAAGUUGCUCAAAAAUCAAAAAUGAGCCCGAUGACUUCCAGUUUUAUUAUCGAAUCGAGAUUGCAUCAGUUGAUGCUAUUUAUACAUAUUAUAUUUCUUUCGUUACUCACUUUAGUGGUUGGUUGCAUCUUGGUUAUGCCUCAAUGUGACUGCGCGAUGCAGUUAUGACUACAGAUAUGCUAAGUCAUUAUUUGGCUGUCUGACUGCGCGAAGCGGUCCUUGCUCACCAUAGAGUCCCCAGUAGCUCAGUGGUUAGAACAUCCGGCUAGGUCACAGAGGGUCGUGGGUUCAAAUC